AUGAUGAGGGUACGGGCCAAUGGAGGACCACCAGAGUCCUCCUCUCUUCUGCAGCUCAGUAAUGGUAACGACGGGGAAAAGGAAAAACGUGUGAAUGUGUUACCCCCCGGCGUAAUACUCACUGAGCUGCAGAAGAGAGGGGGCCUAGAUGAGGAAGCAUACAAGAAGUUCCUUGAACGUUCGAAAGAGACGCACGCGCUGGGUCGGCCGGGACAGCCGGAGGAAGUGGCGUCCGUGAUCGCCUUCCUCGCCUCUGAUGCCGCGUCCUUCAUCACCGGGGAAACCGUCUCUGUGGACGGCGGUCGACAAGCCAUGUGUCCCAAAGAGUAG